AUGGACUUUCAAUUGGAUGUAUAUCUACAGCAAUUUUGGAAGGAUCCUAGACUGGCUCAUAACGAAAAAAGUCGAAUUCUUAUUCGUGACCGAGCAAUUCUCAAUCGGAUUUGGCACCCAGAUGUUUAUUUUGCAAAUGCACGUAUCGCUCAAUUUCACGAGGUUACACAACCCAAUUUUUUACUUUGGAUUGAUCCAGAUGGAUCAAUUCUUUACGAUACCCGUGUUUCUAUGGUUGUAAUAUGUGCUAUGAACCUGAAGAAUUUCCCCUUAGAUUCACAGUGGUGUCAUCUACGAAUUCUUAGCUGUUUGUUAUACUUAAUUUCUAAAAAUCAAAUAAUUUCCAAUCUAGACGCAUAUGACAUUCAUCAUUUAAAAAUCGAAUGGGUUGAUCAGGAACCUAUUACCAAAAAUGUGAAUAUAACUAUGAGUGAUAUGGAUAUCGUUAAACUUGUCCCAGGAACUUGUGAUGGAAAUUAUAGUACAGGUGUUUGGAGCUGCGUUACUGCAGAAUUUUUUGUGUCACGAGAAUUAACUCAUCAUAUCUUACAAACAUAUGUGCCAACAACAUUAAUUGUUAUAAAAAUAAAAAUUUUUUGGGCUGUACCAGCGCGUGUAUCAUUGGCAAUCACCACCCUUUUAACACUCUCUACUCAGGCUAAUUCAGUCAAGAAUUCCUUACCUGAAGUCAGCUACAUGAAAAGCUUGGAUUUAUUUUUAGCCGUCAGUGUAUUAUUUGUUUUUGGUGUCCUAAUAGAAUUUACUAUCGUAAACUACACUCAGCGAAAUGCAACUAUGGCAGCAGCCGGUCUUCUUGAUGAAAAGGAAGAAAAUGGACACUCAAAAUCUGGUUGUGUUGCUUUCCUUUACAAAAUCCUUCAUCAAUUUUGCAAACAUAAACGUUUAAUUUUGAGUAAGGAACAAUCUUGGACUAAAUCUGAAGAAUCAAAAACAAAAUCCUCAUUUUGGCGUAAUUGGAAAAGUAACAGAUUAAAAAGGCAAAUGCUAGAUAUUGAAGAAGGAAAAGUUUGCGACGGGAAUAGUGGAAAAGAAGAAAAUAAUUUUUGUACCAAUAGGAAGCGAUCGUCUGCUAAAAAACUCGUAGCAAUAGAAAAGGAGGCAACAACACCAAAUUCCUGUCAUGGCUGGGGAAAUUCCCCUCAACUUCAACUUCUUUCCACUAAAAACUUAAAUCGGCAUGAAAAGCUCAUUCAAAGUCCAUUCUCAAACGUGCCACUUAUUGUUUGUAACGAAAGUGAAGAUGAAGAGGAAGAAAAUGAAAGGAAUAAUAAUGAAGUAAGAAAAGAAGUACAGUCAAAACAAAGAAAUGCUGUUGAUCAACGAGAGGCAGCCAGACUUGCCAAUUGGGCAAAACCUGAGCUUAGUUGUGAAGCUUUAUUAUUUCAAGGGUCUACAAUAAGGGAUAUGCCUUUAGAGUCACAGUCACAAUAUUCCUCUGAUCAAAAUAAACUGAAAAGGGCAGUUUCUACGUUAUUUUCUUCAAACUACUCUUCACAAACUAUUAUUACAUCAAGAAAACAAAGCACUGUGCCAUUAAAAGUCGAAAGCUCCUCCACUAAAUCGGCAAUAGGACUCGAGCCACCAAUUUCUAGGCCUUUGUCCCGGAGAGCUUCUGCAAUGGCAUCUCUUCUAGAUCCAAUAAAUAUUGGAUCAGGGGAGCGAAGGGAGUCUUUUACUUCGACAACACCAAAUGUAGGGAGCCAGACUAGUGGCGAUAAUAUUCAACAGACAACAUUGACACCCCGUUCGAAAUGGAGACAUGCAAUUAGGAAAUUACAAAUGAAUAAGUAA